AGGAAAAUAAAUGGGUCUAUGUAAUAAUAAACGGGUUUAUAUAAUAAUUUUAGAAAGUGAAAUAGAUAAUGAUAGAUAAUAUAUUAAUCUAAGUUUCUAAUACAGUGUCUUAAUUCUUUUCCGGUGUCAAGGUUUGAUUUUGCCUACAAAAGGCCUUAUUAAUGAACACUGGGUGGGACAAUGUAAUUUACUCAUUACCAGUUACCGACUUGCCGGCAGUAAUACUCUUGAUACUACGAGUUGUCGUUUGAAAAUUAUACGACAGAAAAACCAUAUCCACAGACAAACCGACCACUGACAACAGUUGACUAAGAUCGAAUCGCACUGAAAAAGCGAUGUGGUUUCUGCUAACAAAUUAUCGUCUUCAAGAAAAGUAACAGUUUCUCUCCCUUUCUCUCUGUCGAGAUUCUCUCUAAAAUCCGUACCCUCAGCUUUCUCUAAAACCCCACUUGGAAUCUUGAAGAACCGCCUCACAGUUCAAGCAAAUCUUCAAACAUGUCAGUCCAUAUGAAGAAGAUUUGUGACCAGGGAGAGAUGAGGAACUCUUUUGGACUUCCAGAAGAUGUUAUGGGUGAUAUCUUUUCGCGGCUUUCAAUCAAGAAUCUAGCUCAAAUGCGGUGUGUGUGUAAAUUAUGGAAUGACUUCAUAACCAGCCAGUCAUUUGUUGGAUUCCAUCUUAAUAAAUCCAGCAGAAAACCUCGACUCCUUUUUUUUAGGUAUGGUGUCAACCCUUCAUAUUUGGGGUUCUACCCCUCAAAAUGUCGGCAGUUUGAGAAUCUUCAUGAUCCUCCAUUUGCUAUGAGACUUGUAGAUUUAGAUUUGUUAGGUUCAUGUAAUGGUGUUCUCUGUUUCUGCAGCACUGCUGACCAUUCCCUUAUCUAUAUGUGGAAUCCUUUGAAUAACAAGUACGUAACCCUUCCCAAACCCUCAUAUAACCCUCGUUAUCUAGGGUUUGGUGUCAAUUCAAUGAGUAGUUAUAUCGAUGACUUUAAAGUUGUAACUAUCUCUGCCAAUGCAAAUGCUGAGGUUUACAGUUUGAGGACAAAUUCUUGGAAAAUUAUUGAUGAUGGUUUUCCUCGAAGUAUUGAGAUAUAUGGUAGUCAUAUUAACUGUCCUGUUUUUGUCAAUGGAUCUGUGCAUUGGUGUGCUCGGUACAGCUGUUAUCUUGAUAGUAGGUGCACUUGGCUUAUAGUCUCAUUUGACUUAUCAAGGGAGGUUUUCCACACAAUUAUGUUGCCAAAUGACAUGUCCAUUGAUGAUGAUGCCAAGUACUUGAAUGUUUUGGAUGGCUGCCUUUGUGUUUUUGCCAGUACCGUUCAUAAUUCCUUUCGUGCUUAUGAGUUAUGGGUAAUGAAGAAGUAUGGUGUAAUUGAGUCAUGGACUAGGCGAUGCAUAAUUGAAAAGGCUCAGAAUUUUUGGUGGCCAAUAGGAUUUACAAGAAAGGGAAAAAUUUUUGUACAAGGGGAUUGUGAACAUUUUGGCAAUGCUUUACUCUCAUAUGAUCCAAAUACAGGGAUAUUUGAGUGCCUCGACAUUCACCUUUCAAGUUUUUCAAUUCAAGUGUUGACAUUUGUGGAUAGCAUAAUCACACCUGUGCCUCGAUCUGUGAUCAGAGGCUAGAAGCUGAUUUUAUUUUUGGAGCUCCUUACAGUAGGGUUUGAGCAACCAACAGAAACUGUGGCAGAGAAGGGGAAUCAUCCUCCAUUAUUUGGUUUUUCCUGUUGUUAUUGAUAAAACUUAUUUCACUCUGCACUAUUCAGUCUCUUUAACAGUGUUUUGGAUUAUUGUUAGUAAAUUUGAUCAUUUCUGUUUUGUUGCUCUAUCAAGUUCUGUUUCUCAAAGCAUAUUGCUGCUGUCCUUUGUUAAGUACAUUGUAUAUUGUCCAUGUUUCUCAUGCACUGGCAUUUUAUGUUUGCUAAGGUUAUUGCAUUUGCAUUACCUUUAGACCAUAAUGUAACACAGUACCAUUCAAUAUUUGACUUGAAUGUCAAUAUGUUGUGUCUCAAAA